ACUGUAUUAGGUCGAGGCUUUCAUUCAAGCAUGAUACUUGUUUAUAUUUACAAUACAUGCAGUUAUCUGCCGAAACAUAUGUUGAAAAUAAGAUCAUGGGAGGCUCAUGGUUAUCCUCCACUUGUGAUAUUCAUCUCUAAAGAAUGUCUAUUUUGAGAAAUAUCAAGUUGUGAUUCUUCCCAGUUACAUGAUGUCUAUAGUUUGGAUUUCUCAGCUCUGGGAGCUGUUCAAUCUUCAAGACAUUGUGAGAUGGUUUUCUUCUGGUGCUAUGAUAUUUGGUGGAGUUGUUCCUUACAUUCCUCAAUAUCAAGAGAUUAAGAAGACUGACAAUGCUGAUGGGUUUUCUACCUACGUUUGUUUAGUUUUAUUGAUUGCUAAUACUUUAAGGAUUAUAUUUUGGUUUGGUCAUCCAUAUGAACUUCCUUUACUUUUUCAAAGUAUCAUAAUGAAUACUGCUAUGUUAGCAAUGAUUCAUCUCUGUAUUCAAGUUAGAAAUAAAACAUUAAUCAUUCCUUCUAAAUCAAGAAUUUUCUCAGCUAAUGAGGAUGAAGAAAGUUCACAGAUCAAAUUUUCACAUUCUUCUUCACUUACACCUCGAUCUUAUUGGGAUUUUGAUGCCAAAUAUUUUUGGGAGUGGACAGAUUUUUUGAGUUAUCUAGAAUUUUUAGCCACCUUUACUGCCACCAUGGGAAUAUUUAUGUUUUUUUGUAUAGAAGUCAGUUUUAUUGUUGAAUCAAUAGGAUUUUUGGCUGUCUUCAUUGAAGCAAUGUUGGGAACUCCACAAUUUUACCGAAACCUGAGGAAAAAAUCUACUUUAGGGAUGAGCAAAAAGAUGGUUUGCCUGUGGACACUCGGUGAUGUUUUUAAAACUGCAUACUAUAUUCUUCGUGAAGCCCCCACACAGUUUUGGAUCUGUGGUAUUCUACAAGUAGUUAUUGAUUUGUUGAUAUUGCUACAAGUUCUGAUUUAUAGAAUUACUCCUAGUCCUGUUAAAUUAUUAUUGAAAGGAGAAAGUCAUACCAGCUGAAUUUAUUUUUAUAUUAAUGUAAAUAUAAAAAGUUUAUUUUA